UGUUCAGACUUCAAUGUUUUCUCGCCUCCAUUUUUGUAAAUCUUUACUUUAUGGAAGAGAACGUCUUUUUUGUGUUCGUUUAAAUUAUUCCCAAUUGGCAGUAAAAACAUCCGAUUCUGAAUCUGAUCCAAAUACUUCCAAUAAAAUUAUUCAGAAACGACCUAGUGCUCUUGAUUUACUUUUGAAUGCUUCCAAUAUAAAAGAAGAAUGGUCAGAAGAAGAAUUAAGGUUGAAAGAGAAGGCUGAACGUGAAAAUGCUUGGUUGGUUGGGAAUUUUGUUGUUUUUGGGGGAUUUUUAGGCGGAGGAUUUGAUUUAUUAUGGGAGAAAGCAAAGUCUAGAGCACGUAAGGGUGGCAAACAAAGAACCUAACAAAAUUAAGAUGGCCCAUACAAAAUAUUCGAGUUUAGGGCUAUUUUAUCCCCCCCCCCCUCCACUAAUU